UAAACAAACAGACAAAUAAAAAACCAAUGCCAAAACCCACGCGCCUCCCAUCUCUCCCUAAAUAUUACGCAUUACUUCCCUGUAGAUAUUGAAAAUCCGCCCUCUCACUGUCUCCUUCACUCCCCGUCCGUCACCGUUUUAUAAUAUCAAAAUACAAACCAAAUUUCAGGAACCGAAAAAACAACUCUCUCUCUCUCUCUCUCUCUCUCUCUCUCUGUGGCUCACUGGGUUACUCUGGCCGUGUUUAUAACCCAAAUCUAGAGUAACCCAUUUCAUCGUCAUCUCUCAUUUCAACCUAAAUUUCACUUUCACUUCUCUUCCGCUUCAUCUUUUCUAUGUUCCACUUUAAUUAUUUAUUUCCACCAUUUUUAUCUUUCUAAAACCGACAAACUUUGGUACUCAUUUCAACACUGGCAGUGAAGAAGACUUUAAACGAGAUUGCCAUGAGUUGUUACUCGGUUUCAUGUGCUUGAUAUUCUUUCCUCCAGAAGUUGCUGGCAAGUAUUAUCUGUUGGGUGCUGUUGUAAAGUUUCUUAUUAUUGCAUCUGGAGACAUUUGAUCCUAAGUUGCAUAUAAGAUCUGAAGGUUGAUUUCUCUUUAUUUGCAAGCCCAUUGGAUGAGCCUUUGCUUUUGAUUUCUCCAGGUUAUGGAAGGAGAAACAUCAUGGAUCAACCGUUGCAUUGAUGACAUGGCAAAAGACAUUAGUGAGUUUGAUUCAUUCUUAGGGCUUAGUGACAAAACCACUAAAGAAGAUUCUGGGGUUUCUGUUGACUCAAUCCUUCCUGAUGACCUUUUGGAAAGAAUUAUAGCUUAUCUCCCAAUAGCAAGUAUUUUCAGAGCAGGCUGUGUGUGUAAAAGAUGGCAUGAGAUUAUUAGUUCAAAAAGGUUUUUAUGGAACUUCUCACAUGUCAUAUCACAGAAGCCUUGGUAUUUUAUGUUUACAAGCUCUGAUGAACCAAUUGGUUAUGCUUUUGAUCCCGUCCUUCGAAAGUGGUAUGGUAUUGAACUUCCCUGCAUUGAGACAUCCAAUUGCUUCAUUGCUUCAUCAUGUGGCUUGGUUUGCUUCAUGGACAAUGACAGCAGAAGUAAGUUGUAUGUCUGCAACCCUAUCACCAAGGAUUGCAAGACGCUUGAGGAGCCCCCUGGUUUGAAAUUCUCUGAUUACAGUGCCCUUGCACUCUCAGUGAACAGAGUAUCACAUGGCUAUACUAUCUCAAUUGUGAAAUCUAAGCAAGUCCCUGGAAAUUUUUUCCAGUGGGAUCUCUCAAUUUAUAUUUAUGAUUCAGCAAAAAUGAUGUGGGUGACCUCCUGUACAGAGGUGCUGACUGGGUGGAGAGGUGGAGAUGAAAGUGUGAUCUGUGAUGGGGUUCUAUACUUUUUGAUCUAUUCAACUGGGGGUGGAACCCCAGAAAAUCGCCAUGGCUUGAUUAUGUAUAAACUGUCUAGCCGAUCUUCCCAUGGUUUGCUUAUUAGAAGUUUUAUACCAGUACCUUGCCCUCUCACAUGUGGUCGCUUGAUGAACCUGAAGGAGAAGCUGGUAAUGGUGGGAGGAAUUGGUAAACAAGAUCGAACUGACAUAAUUAAAGGGAUAGGGAUUUGGAUUUUGAAUGGAAAGGAGUGGCAAGAAGUUGCUCGAAUGCCCCAAAAGUAUUUCCAAGGAUUUGGGGAGUUUGAUGAUGUUUUUGCAAGCAGUGGGACGGAUGAUCUCAUAUACAUUCAGAGCUAUGGAGCUCCUGCCCUUCUUGUUUAUGAUAUGAAUCAUAAACACUGGAGAUGGUCACAGAAGUGUCCUGUAACUAAGAGGUUCCCGCUUCAACUCUUCACUGGUUUUUGCUUUGAACCCAGGCUUGAGAUUGCUCCUUAGUUUGUUCCUCAUUUGAUUUGGUGGUUUUGACGAAAUUGUCUGGAAUUCCUAAUCUUUCUUAUAAUUUGUUUUAUUCCUAUUAACAGCUAUCGUGGAAUCUAUGUUCCUAAAAUUCUAUAGAAAAUGGGAAUAUUAUUAUUCACAAUGGGAUAUAUACCACAUACAUGAAUACAAGUUUGACUGUUUUUACAUAGAA